AUGACUAAUGAAGACGACCAAACACCGAUAUUAAAGAAUAAACUAACGAUUAACAUCAAUGACGUUGAUGAUGAAUUGAUUCUCAAUAAAAAUCAAAUCCAAAAAGUUCAAUGCCCAACAUGCCGUGGAAAUGGAAAAAUUUAUAGAACUGACUCAAGUGGUUUGGUUGUAUUAAUUCCAUUGUGCGAUAAACGAUUAAAACCAAAACAUACAUGGAUUUGGAUACUAUUAACAUUUUCGUUUUGUUUCAUAUUUGCAUUUACUUGCAUAUUUUUUCUUUUACCACGUUUAGUACUUCUUCAAGUAACAAAUAGUUUAGUUAUUGAUGAUGUUAAUUCUACACGAACAAAUUCGACAUUUUCUAUGAGAUUCCUAUAUCAUUUUACUCUAAAUUCAAAAAACUAUAUUCCAGUUAACUUGAUCAAUGUUACAUGUGUGAUCGAAGAUGAUUUGGAGAUUGUUGGAAGAUCCUACAAACUCUAUUCAAACAAUAUUCGAAUAUUACCACGUGCAAUAUUAAAUUUAUCCAUACCGUUGGAAUUAGAAUUUCGAAAUACAACCGUACCGUUCCGUCAAUGCCAAGGCCAAUUUAAACAAAUGUUAUUAAUGAAAAUAGAAACUUUAGUCAUCUACAACGAUCUACUAGCACGAUCGCAAAGUACAUCACUAACAUCUUAUCAAUAUGCUUUAUGUAAUAAAGGUAUUUGGAUCAAAUAA